AUGCGACGGUACUGCGCGGUGCGCGCGGCCGGUGGCGUGGGCGCUGGGUGGGGGAGCCAGCGGGGACGCAAGAGCAAGACGGCCACGAAGCGCCGCGCGAGCUUCUGCACCGCGCUGGCGAAGGAGCUGGCGGCCCUGCCGGAGACGCAGCGCCCGGCGAUGCUGGAGCUGAUUGAUGACGAGUACAUGGCCGCGUCGCUCGAGGUCUGCUGGAAGCUCGGGCCGCGCAACAAGGGCCGGCUGCGCGAGGAGAACUACCUCGGGGGGAUGCUGGGCACGCUCGGCGACGCGCGCCUGCAGGAGAUCACAGAUGCGGUGCGCGGGGUGAACCGGAGCGGGACGAUGCCGCAGACGGACGUGCGCGUGGAGCCGCUGGCGCUCGCGUGGCGCCGGCAGCUGCUGGACGGCGACGCGGAGACGAUGCGGGUGGUGUGCGAGGUGGCGCUGACAGCGGGGAACACCCCCGGGGAGGUGCAGGACCUCGUGCGGGCGGCGGCGGCGGAGGCGGAGCGGGACGACGAGGGGGAGGAGGGCGCGGAGGAGGCGCUGGUGGCGGCUGCGGCGGAGGCGCAGGAGGGCGAGGUGGUGCAGGUGGGCGGGGCGGAGGUGCUGGCGGAGUACGCGGAGCUGCUGGCGGGCGGCGGCGCGGGCGAGGCGGGCGCGGGGAAGGCGAGGGGGAAGCGUGGGGGCAAGCAUCGGCGGAGACUCCUGCAGGCGCUGCGUCCCCUGGCCGAGGCGUACUUGCGCGACCAGGAGGGCGCGUAG